GCGCCCCUGGCGCACCAGCAGAUUCUGGGCAGGGCAGGUCCGGACCUGGCCACCGAGACGACCGGGGUGCUCUGCCCGCGGCCGACGCCCGCCGGGCCCGCGCCGCCCGAUGCCACGCCCGCCUCGCGCGCCGGCAGGAGCAGCGAGCCGCCGGGGCGGAGGGCGCGCGGGGACCUGCACGCGGCGUGCCAGAAGAUCAUCGGGGGGAACCGGCAGGAGAACGGGGCGAUGUACAGCGACCCGCAGUGGGUGGGCGGCGGCUACAGGUGCUCGGUGCGCGUGCCGAAGCUGCCGGACGGCUGGGGGGAGCGGGCGUGGGCGGGGCGCGCGUGCGAGACGGAGCAGGACUCGAAGCACAGUGCGGCGCAGGUUGCCCUGCACGACAUACUCUCCCACGGUCCCUUCCUGGCAAAGUACACGGCGCCGCCGAAGCGGUUUGCACCUCUCGAUCCGUCCAUCUCUGUGAAGGACCACUUGCACAGUACAUGCUUGAGGGUGCACAGGCUAACACCAGAGAAGGAUGGGGAGGUGAAAUAUGACACGCAGCGGGUGGGCGAGAUGUACGUGUCCACUGUCCGAAUGCCAAGACUCCCAGACGGCUUUGGAGAGCAGGAAUGGAUUGGUGACGAGUGCGCGACGGAAACCGACGCGAAAAAGAGCGUAGCGUGGAUUGCCCUGCACGCCAUAUUUGCGGAUGAACGCCUGAUGGCAAGGCACAACGCGCCGCCAGCGCGCGUGACCAAGCAGGCGAGGAAGCGUGAGAACAAGACGUGA